AUGACUCAUUUGAAUCAAGGAAGUGUUCCACGAGUAAUUGAACCGCGAUUAAAUUACAAGCAUGACUUUAUCUAUAUUAAAAAAGUAAGAAGAUUUACUUUAAAGUUGAAAAUGUUUUAAAUUUAAAAACAAAAAUAAAUUUUAAUUUCAGGACGUAAGUGAUAAUGCCAAGACACCUCGUAUUGUAAGUUUUUAAUGUUACUUUUUAUUUGUUAUAAUUAAUUUUAAUGUUCAUAUCUUUUAUAGUUAUAAAUUUUGGAUGGCUAAAGAUAUAUUUGUAGCUUCAGUGCGACGAGCCUUUAAAUUCUGGAGCGUUACCACCAUUCGUGAACGCGCUGCAUAAUAUGAUUCAUAUUAAGAACGACACUGCUGAAAAAUACGUUGAUUGUUGGAUAGAACAGUUACAAGAUCCGCAGAACCAUAUUUGUCAGCACAAAAAUUCAAGUUGUGUCAUUGUUCUUGCAAGGAACUUUACAUUGUUAACUUGUUUAGACGUGGGUUUUUAAUUUUUCAGUGUACUUUAUAUGACUGCUAAAAUCAUGAUUAAAUCAUACUUUUGUACAACAAAACUUUUAUGACAAAAUUCCUUCAUAGCGAACCAAUUUUAAAUCUCCAGCGAUUUGUUAUACGGGAGUUCCAGUGUAUAAAAUAAUCCUAAUAAUUUAGAUAAUGUUUUUUUUUCUUUUACUUUAGGUUAAGACAUAUAACUUUACCGCUCCAAAACUUGGUCCUCAUUUUUUACAUACAAAGUAUCCUAUAGUACAACUGAAUGGUCAGAAUCUCUUUCAAAGUUUAACAGACUGCAAAGAUCAAAGUGAACAUAAAACAUGUAGAUUACUCACAGUGAACGCGUUUCAACAUGCAAUAUUGGAAGACUUGAGCUGUUGCUGCAACGGAGAGAACUGUGUCGAUGUUAUACUAGACCAAGUAAGUAAAGAAAAUUUAGGGGUUAUCGUCGUAGGGUUUUUUAUUGCUAAGAUAGAAAUACGCGAAACUCAAAAGCGGUAGUAAGAUUUAUUCCCAAUUUCUAAAAGCUAUGAUUUAUGGCUGGAGACUUAUACUUCAAAUUUUUUUCACAAAAAUAUUUUUUUUCUCAGUGAAAACCAAAAAAUGGCGCAGGAAAAUACAAAAUUCUGCGCCGUUUUAAAAAGAGAGCACAAUAAAACAAGAGACAAUAGAGAAAAGACUCUCUCUCUUUCAAACGAUAUUUUUUUCAAAUGGCGCAGGAUUCUGUAUUUUUCUGCGCCAUUUUUUAAUUUUCACUGAGAAAAAAAAUAUUUUUAAAGAAAAAAAUAUGAAGUAUAAGUCUCCAGCCAUAUUUAAUAACAGACUAUUUAAAAAUUUUUUAAAAUAAGAUUAUAAUAUAUACAUUAUUAAACUUAAAAAGUUUAAAAAGUUUUUACAGUAAAUUUUAUUUAAGUAAAGCUUAUUAUUGAUCAAAAUUUAGGCUAGCAAUGGCCCAAUAAUGCGAAUUCAAAUCGACCUUUCUGUGUCACAUGCAUCCAAACCCAUUUUCAUGAACAUCGGUUAUGCGAACAAAGUGAGAAGUGAUAGCAAUUACGAUUGGGUUGUGUGGAUUAUGCCUAUUCCAUUCUUAUUAGUUAUCUUGGGACUCGCGAUAUACUUUUUCUACACAGAAUGUAGCAUUGAGAAGCAACGGAGUGACUUUACCUUAAAUUUGUAUCACGAAGGACACACAACCCCGUUGGAAGAAGUAAUCAUAGAGCUGGCUAAUAAAGAAUGA